UUAUCUGCUUCUACACUUGGCAUUUGUCUCUGAACAGACAACCUUUGAUUGCAAAAGAAAAGAAAAAAAAAAGAAAAAGUUAGUAUAGGAUUGUUUGUACAGGUUGCAUUUAGAACAAAAAAAUAAGGAUUUGAACAGUAAUGGAUUCUCAGUAUCAACAGUUUGGACCGACUGAUGGGACCACUUUCCGUGGGGAGCACAGCACCACACAAGCAGCGCUUUCAGGUAUGAAGAGGAUAGUGAUUUAUAUCCUUUACAGCAUCCUGGUGCUGCUGCUGUUGAUUCUGCUGAUGGUAACAGGAAUAAAAUUCUCUCAGAUAAACAAAGAAAUCUCUGAUGUCAAACUUCAACUUGAGACUAUCAGCAAACAAAGGCCAGCUUCAUCAUCUAAUGCAGCAACAUUGCCAGAGAAGUCUUUGGAAAAACUCAUCCCAGUUAGAGGAACAUGUAGGGAAGGAUGGGUGAGUUUCCAGAGAAACUGCUACCUGCUGUCAACCACCACUGCUACCUGGCACAAAGCAGAGGAGCUGUGUAAAUCACACAGAGGACACCUGCUGGUUCUGAACACCGUGGAGGAACUGGACUACAUUUCUAGAAUAAUUGAAAUCAGAUAUAAUCAUUGGAUUGGACUUGUGGAGCGACAGCACGAGGGACACUGGAGCUGGGUGGAUGGAACUGACUACAAUUCAACCCCAAAUUUUUGGGAUGUAGGUCAACCUGACGACUGGGACUACAGAGAGAACGGUGAGGACUGUGGACAGCUUCAUGGCUCUGGAACACGCAAACGCAAGUUGUUAAAUGAUGCAGACUGCAAGCAGUUGGAAAGGUACAUCUGCGAAACUAAGGCAUGAGACACUGCUGACAUCCGUGAGAUGAUGACCCCCUUGCUAAUGUGCCUGACCUGUCGAAGUGGGACAACAUGGUUCAAAUGCCCACAGAUGGAGUUUCUGUUUGUGAAAACAACUUGCAAUCAAACAUGUAACACAUAAAGCGAUUAAACAUUUAUGUACUGUC